GGCCAGAAGAAGCGCGUCGAGAUAAGCGCGGCCAAGUUUACACCGCGCGCUGGCACGGGCCCACAGGACGAGGCGGACAAGGAAGAGGAAAUCAUCACCAGCGAGAGCAGCAACCCACAUCCUGACGACGAGGGCGCCACUCGCAUGCCGCAACAGGGUCUGGGCGCGGCAUUGGAGCGAAUGCGACCCGAGCUCGUGGACCGCUUGCGGCUGGGCCCCAGGACCGAAGAGAAGACCAGCCCGAAUUCAGGGGAGCACCCGGAGAUCACCUCGCCCCGGGGACCGCCAUGGGACGCCAUGCGGAAAACGCAGGGGGGGCCAGGCUCGGCAUCGGACGCGGCGACGACCCAGACCCCCACGCCCAAGACCGCAGAUAUGGCCAUCCGUCUCAAG